AUGGCAGUAGCGCUGUGGGCGCUGUGCGCAGAGAAGGUGGGUCAGCGGGCAUUGCUGGUGGCAUUAGCCAUCUCAGCGCUGGCCAAGGCGUCAGAAGAAGAAUCCCCAAGGCCAGCGUUUGAGUUGGGCCUCAAUAAUGCCGGGAGCUGCUCCCUGUCUUCUGGGAGAGAUCUCCAUGGAGACCGCCCCACCCACAGAGGUGGAAUUCUGGGCAGGCAGCAUUGUCUUCUGGGAGAGAUCUCCACGGAGACUGCGGUAUACACAGAGGUGGAAUCCGUAGGAGGCUGCAGUACUGGAGCCACCUCUUGGCUUUCGGUUGCUGGCAUCGUUGCCCACUCCCCUAGCGAGCACUGUCGCUCCACUCUUCUUCCUAACCUCACGGUCCCUGUUGUACCUGUGCCCCCCAGCUUGGGCAGUGCGGGUGGACAUCGGGCUGGGCCAGGGCCGGGGUGGGGCUCUGCGGCCUUUGCCUCUGCCUCUCCCACCGUUCUUACCCGCACCGGAGCUGGAAGUGGGGCAGCCUCUGCCAUGGCCUCCAGAUCCCCCUGCAUAGGGGGCAGCGGCAAGAUCCGGACGCGGUGUUGCCACCCCGGUCCCGUGAAGCCUUACUCGCAGGGGCGACGGCGCCAGCUGGGCAUUCUUAGCAGGGUUACAGAAUGUCUUCAGAAUAACGUGCCAGCAUGGCUGCAGAGAUAUUUCAACAAGAAUGAAGAUGUAUGCAGCCGCACAACAGACGCAAAGGAGACUCCGUGUUCACAAGAAAAUAGGGAGGAUGACCAGAUAGUGUGUGCCGGUGAGGAGAGCUCUAAUAUUAAUGACGGGAGGAUCACUAGUGAGCCAACAGUCAGUAAUAGAGAAGAUGCCUCAACAACCAGCCCUGCUUCACAUUAUGCAGGUGAAUUAAAUAGGCCUUCUCUAUGUCAGAGCCACUCAAAUUUGUCCAUGUUGGAAUCCCCUGCAUUGAAUUGUCAUCUGUCCACAUCAUCAGCAUUCCCAAUUGGCAGUCGUGGAUUUUCCCUUGUGAAGGAAAUUAUAGACUCUACCUCUCAGCAUGGUGAUGAUAACAUGUCAACUAGCCAUGGUGAUUUUUCAGCGAGAGGUUCCGAUAAAGCUAUGGCUGCUUCAAAGAAGCCUUCAGCGCCUCCUCUGUGGUCCCCAGAGGCUGAGCAGUCUCAUUCACUCUCACAGCACACUGCCACCGGGUCAAAAAAACCAGCGUUCAGCUUGUCUGUGUUUGGGACACUUUCCCCUUCAUUUGAGAAAUCUUUGAUCUUUCACACAAGUCAGCAUGGAGAUCCUCCUUGUUAUCCUGGAAAAAUGACAUAUGGUAGGGCAGCAGCUGCUUUAAGACAUUGUAAACUAGCAAGGACCUCUUAUCAGGCACCAGUAAGAAGACAGAUGAAAGCUAAGCAACUCAAUGCACAGUCCUGUGGUGUGACUAGUUCAGCAGCUCGGCGAAUAUUACAGUCUUUAGAGAAGCUAUCAGGACCUCUAGCAGAUGUUCUUCCUUUUCCUGUGUAUUCUCCUCUUGAUAGGAGUUGGAUAGAUAACACAGAUUUUGGGGCCAAAAGAGAUAAGGUGGGUUCUCAGUAUCCUGUUCAAAAACUCAUGUCCCCAAAGCUAGUUUCCAGAGCAACAAAUCAAAGUGUUUAUUUUAAACCGUCUCUGACCCCAUCUCAUGAAUUGAGGAAGGCUAAUCAACUAAUAGUUGAAAAGCACAGUACUCAUGAAAACAGUGUGACACCAGGACAAAAUAUAGAACAAGCAAGUGGCUUUCCAGAUGAAAAUAUGCAUCUCCCUGAACCCAAUGGAUUGUCUUCUGGAGUAGGUAGUAGAGGUGGCAAAGUUAGACAGGAGAGAACACACUUCCUGACAUCUGAACCACCAGUGGAGGAGGAAAUGGAAGCACCAGUAUCAUCAAAAAUCUCUCUACCAAUCACCAGUUCUUCACUGCCAGCAUUUAGUUUUCAUAGUCCUUUGCUGACAACUUCCUCUCCAGCUCCCAUCAGUCCUUCACAAUCAGUAACAGAUAAGGUACAGUUGAUUUCUCCGAGCAGCACUGGCAGACCCAUGUUUAGAUUUUCUUCUCCCAUUGUAAAAUCUACUGAGGCAGUUGUACUACCUGUAUCAUCUGCUGAAUUUACAUUUAGUAUGCCUGUUGCAAAAACAGAACUUCCAGACACCAGUAGUACUUCAGAACCUAUGAGAAGUACUACAGCUCAAGAUAUCACUGCAGUGAAUAAUACAAGCCGUAAGAGGAAGCUAGAUGAAGAUGAUGAGGGCCCUCCUAGACCUGCAAAAACCCGGAAAGGAGGAAGAGUCCUUGAUGUUCUGAAAACCCCUGGUUUCAUAUCACCAAAGGUAGAUGCUUUUCCUGCUCAGCCUACCACAAGCCCGGUAGUCUAUACAGGACCAGCCGUAUGUAGGUUUUCCUCUAGUGAAACUGGACUUGGGGAAAGUUUAAAAGCUAGAUCAUCAUGGCGCUGUGGUGCAUGUCUGCUCCCAAACAAAAUUACCGAUGAUAAGUGCAUAGCCUGUCAAGCCACCAAGUUGCCACCAAGAGAUACCGCUGAACAAACAGCAAUUGGAACACCAAGAAAAAGUGGCAAACCAACCAUUUCUGCAUCAGGGGCAGAUUUUGGGGACAAACUUAAACCGCAAGUAGGAACUUGGGAGUGUGAUACAUGUUUAGUGCAAAAUAAACCUGAAGCAAUAAAAUGUAUAGCUUGUGAAACAAUCAGACUUGGAAUUGGUGUCACCCAGUUCUUUCCACUGCCAGUGGUUUCAGAAAGUGGCAUAACUAUGACUGCUUCAUCUUCUAGCUGCACUGUGACCACCGGUACCUUAGGAAUUGCAGAUGAGUUCAGAAUACCAAUAGGAUCUUGGGAGUGUCCAAUAUGCAGUGUUUCUAAUAAUGCAGAAGACAAUAAAUGCAUGUCCUGUAUGUCCAAGAAAACAGAGAGCUCAGUCCCGGCUUCAAGUAGCAGCACUGUACCUGUUGGUCUUUAUUCUGGAAACAGUCUAGGAUUGGAGAAGUUGAAGAAUCCUGAGGGAAGCUGGGACUGUGAAGUAUGCCUAGUACAGAAUAGAGCAGAUUCUGCCACAUGUGCAGCAUGCAAAAGUAACUUUGCUGGACCCAGCACAGCUCAGUCUUUGCUAUUUUCUCAGCAAAAUAGCACUGGUACAGAUGUCACCCCAGUUGUCUUAGGUCCAGGAGCCAUGAGUCAUAAUACUUCAACCUCUGGUUUCAGUUCUCGAGCUACAACGUCAUCUAGCUCUGGAGGACCGUACUUUGUAUUUGGCACUGGACCUUCAACACCAUCUACCGCCUGCACCACCACCUACUUUUGGUGUGGCGUCAAGUGGUAA